CGACCACCGGGCUCUAAUCAUCGCCGGAAAACGACGCAUGCUCGUCUCCGCUGGAAUUCACUACCCUCGAGCCACUCCUGAAAUGUGGUCUGAUCUUAUCGCAAAGAGUAAAGAAGGUGGAGCUGAUGUGAUUCAAACUUAUGUGUUUUGGAGCGGCCACGAGCCUGUAAAGGGUCAGUAUAACUUUGAAGGAAGAUACGACCUUGUCAAAUUUGUGAAGCUUAUUGGUUCAAGUGGUCUUUAUCUCCAUUUACGCAUCGGUCCUUAUGUUUGUGCUGAGUGGAACUUUGGGGGGUUCCCAGUGUGGUUGCGUGAUAUUCCUGGCAUUGAGUUUCGAACAGAUAAUGAGCCUUUUAAGAAGGAGAUGCAGAAGUUUGUAACGAAGAUUGUGGAUUUGAUGCGAGAAGCAAAGCUCUUCUGUUGGCAAGGAGGUCCCAUAAUCAUGCUGCAGAUCGAGAAUGAAUAUGGGGAUGUUGAAAAAUCGUAUGGGCAGAAGGGAAAGGAUUACGUCAAAUGGGCAGCUAGCAUGGCGCUAGGGCUUGGUGCUGGUGUUCCAUGGGUUAUGUGCAAGCAAACGGAUGCUCCAGAGAAUAUUAUUGAUGCAUGCAAUGGAUACUAUUGUGAUGGUUUUAAACCAAAUUCGCAGAUGAAACCAAUACUUUGGACUGAGGAUUGGGAUGGAUGGUACACGAAGUGGGGUGGAAGUUUGCCUCACCGACCUGCUGAAGAUCUUGCAUUUGCAGUUGCAAGAUUUUAUCAGCGUGGAGGAAGCUUUCAGAAUUAUUAUAUGUAUUUUGGUGGAACAAACUUUGGUCGAACUUCUGGUGGUCCUUUCUAUAUUACAAGCUAUGAUUAUGAUGCUCCUCUUGAUGAAUAUGGUCUGAGGAGCGAGCCAAAAUGGGGGCAUCUAAAGGACCUUCAUGCUGCCAUAAAACUUAGUGAACCUGCCCUUGUCGCGGCGGAUGCACCUCAAUAUAGAAAACUGGGAUCAAAUCAGGAGGCACACAUUUAUCGUGGAGAUGGUGAGACUGGAGGAAAGGUGUGUGCUGCAUUUCUCGCAAACAUUGAUGAGCAUAAAUCUGCACAUGUGAAAUUUAAUGGCCAGUCAUAUACUUUACCACCUUGGUCAGUGAGUAUAUUGCCAGACUGUCGACAUGUGGCCUUCAACACUGCCAAGGUAGGAGCACAAACUUCUGUUAAAACGGUGGAGUCUGCAAGGCCAUCUGUAGGUAGUAAGUCUAUACUGCAAACAGUCGUGAGGCAGGAUAAUGUUUCUUAUAUCUCAAAAUCAUGGAUGGCUCUGAAAGAACCUAUUGGCAUAUGGGGUGAAAACAAUUUCACUUUCCAAGGAUUAUUGGAGCAUUUGAAUGUUACAAAAGACCGGUCUGAUUACCUGUGGCAUAAGACAAGAAUAACUGUAUCUGAAGAUGAUAUCUCGUUGUGGAAGAAAAAUGGAGCUAAUCCAACAGUGUCAAUUGAUAGCAUGAGGGAUGUGUUGCGUGUGUUUGUUAACAAACAACUCUCAGGCAGUGUUGUUGGUCACUGGGUGAAGGCAGUGCAGCCUGUACGUUUUAUGCAGGGAAACAAUGAUUUACUUCUGUUGACUCAAACAGUUGGUUUACAGAAUUAUGGUGCUUUCUUGGAGAAGGAUGGAGCCGGUUUUAGAGGCAAAGCAAUGCUUACUGGAUUCAAGAAUGGAGAUAUGGACCUGGCUAAAUCUUCAUGGACCUAUCAGGUGGGAUUGAAGGGCGAGGCUGAGAAAAUAUAUACUGUUGAACACAAUGAAAAAGCUGAGUGGAGUACUUUGGAGACUGAUGCUUCACCUUCGAUCUUUAUGUGGUACAAGACAUACUUUGACACCCCUGCCGGAACAGAUCCUGUUGUUCUUGAUCUAGAAAGUAUGGGAAAGGGACAAGCUUGGGUCAAUGGACACCAUAUUGGAAGGUAUUGGAAUAUCAUUUCCCAAAAGGAUGGAUGUGAAAGAACCUGUGAUUAUCGUGGAGCCUACCAUUCAGAUAAGUGCACAACAAAUUGUGGAAAGCCUACACAAACCAGGUACCAUGUACCACGUUCAUGGUUAAAGCCGUCCAGUAAUCUACUUGUGCUCUUUGAAGAGACUGGGGGAAACCCAUUUAAUAUAUCGGUUAAGACAGUCACUGCUGGGAUUCUGUGCGGUCAAGUCUCGGAAUCGCAUUAUCCACCUCUGCGGAAAUGGUCCACACCAGCUUACAUAAACGGAACGAUGUCGAUAAACAGUGUGGCACCAGAAAUGUAUCUGCAUUGUGAAGAUGGGCAUGUAAUAUCCUCCAUAGAAUUUGCUAGCUAUGGGACUCCAAGAGGUAGCUGCGACAGGUUUUCUAUCGGGAAAUGUCAUGCAUCCAACUCAUUAUCAAUCGUGUCUGAGGCUUGUAAAGGACGCACCAGUUGCUUCAUCGAAGUGUCAAAUACUGCUUUUCGCAGUGACCCAUGUAGCGGAACUUUAAAGACGUUAGCGGUUAUGGCACGAUGUUCCCCGUCUCAAAACACGAGUGACCUCAGUUUUUAGACACCGGAAAGCGGCUCAGAACGAUGAACAGCUGUUUCUCGAAGAAACAAGAGACCAUUGAUGAAAGAAGAACAUGUCCCAUCACAAGCUUUAUUUGACCUUUAAAUAUCAGAGUCUGAACUCUAAACAAUUGUGUUUGCUCUUGUUCAUUGGUGUAUCCAAACUCUACUUGGAACCAAUAAACAGACGAAACCAUCUCUUAAGGUUUCUGCUUGUACAGUAUAUUGUUUGAAUAUAAGAAAAUAGUCGAA